AGUAAGAUUUACAAAUUUAACAAUUUCACCGGCCUCCUUCCUUCCUUCCCCCAAAAAAACUCUGCAACUGAGCUCCACAAUUUAUACAGCCGCUAAGGUUUAACGAAAACUAGGGUUUUAGUCAUCAAUGGCUGCCGGCGAAGAACAGGCAAACAAAGCUCACAGGUCUCGCCAAGCUGGCCCUAAAAAACGAAGCAAAAACAAAAAGAAGAAAUCAUCCAAUGCUUCUGAUGACAACAACAAAAACAAUCCUGCUCAAAACCCUAAGGCUUUUUCUUUCCGUUCAAAUGUGAAAGCUAAGCGAUUACAUUCACGUACUGUGGAGAAAGAGCAGCGUAAACUUCAUAUUCCGACUAUUGAUCGUAACGUUGGUGAUCCUCCGCCGUUUGUUGUAGUUGUUCAUGGUCCUCCACAGGUAGGAAAGUCCUUGCUGAUUAAAUGUCUUGUGAAACAUUACACCAAGCACAAUUUGCCUGAUGUUCGUGGUCCGAUUACUAUUGUAUCAGGUAAACAAAGGCGUCUUCAGUUUGUGGAGUGCCCAAAUGAAAUUAAUGCAAUGAUUGAUUGUGCGAAGUUUGCUGACUUGGCUCUACUUCUAAUUGAUGGAAGUUAUGGUUUUGAAAUGGAAACUUUUGAGUUUUUGAAUGCUAUGCAAGUUCAUGGAUUUCCAAAAGUUAUGGGCGUCCUUACCCACCUAGAUAAGUUCAAGGAUGUCAAAAAAUUGAGAAAGACAAAGCAGCGUCUCAAACAUCGUUUUUGGACUGAAAUAUAUGAUGGUGCCAAACUAUUUUAUUUAUCUGGUCUCAUUUAUGGAAAGUACCAUAAACGUGAAAUUCAUAAUCUUGCCAAAUUUAUCUCGGUUAUGAAAUUUCAUCCAUUAUCUUGGCGAACUGCUCAUCCUUAUGUGUUAGCAGAUCGUUUUGAAGAUGUCACUCCACCCGAGAAAGUUCAGUUGAACAAAAAAUGUGACAGGAAUGUCACGAUAUAUGGAUAUUUGCGUGGUUGUAAUUUAAAGAAGGGUACUAAAGUUCAUAUUGCUGGUGUUGGUGAUUAUAGCUUGGCCAGUAUUACAAGUUUGGCUGAUCCAUGUCCUUUACCUUCAGCUGCUAAAAAGAAAGGAUUGCGUGAAAAGGAAAAAUUAUUUUAUGGUCCAAUGUCUGGUGUUGGUGAUCUCCUUUAUGACAAAGAUGCUGUAUAUAUAAAUAUAAAUGAUCAUUUAGUUCAAUUCUCUAAAGGAGCGGAUGAAAAUGGCAGCACUGCACGUAAAGGAAAACAUGAUGUUGGUGUGGAUUUGGUAAAACAACUUCAAGAAGUCAAGUAUUCAAUUGAUGAACAGUUGCAGAAAAGCUUUAUCAAUCUUUUCAGUCAGAAAAAACAACACGAAGCUAACGAACGAUUUCUUGAAGAUGGUGAAACUGCUGGAUCUGAAAAAGAAAGUGACGAUGCUGAUGUGAAUAGUUCAGAAUCAUCAGAUGAUACAGAUGCUGAAGCAGAUGACACUCUGGUGAGUCAAGGAGAUGAUUCUGGACAACAGGAUUUGAAAAACACUUUUAAGGAACAGGUCGAGUUCAGUGAUGGUAGGAUCAGAAGGAAAGCAAUAUUUGGGAAUCAUGAUAUGGAUGAAGAUGAUGACGAAGGUGAUAGCGAUGGGGAGGAGGAUGAUCAAGACCAUGAACCAGCUUCUGGUGCAGAUUUUUCUACAGAUGAUGGGCCUGAUGAAGAUACGGAAAUGGAAGAAGACAUGGGAAAUUCUUCCAAAUGGAGGGAAUCAUUGUUGAGUCGAACAAUGUCCAAACAAACUACAAAUCUCAUGCAACUUGUGUAUGGAAAAUCCUCUGCUAACCUGGCAUCUGAUAUUAGUGAACUGCAAGGAAGCAGUGAUGAUGAUAGUGAAGACGAUGAAUUCUUCAAACCAAAGGGAGAGGGAGCCAAGAGGCUGAAUGAUAGUCUUGGUGCUGAUGAUGUCAAUGCUGAUGAUUGUUCAAAAUUCGUCAGCAAUUUGAGUUUCAAGAAUUGGAAAGAUGAUACUGUUGUACAAAGCAUUCGAGACCGUUUUGUCACUGGUGAUUGGUCAAAAGCUGCCCAAAGAGCUAAGGCCCCUGAGGCUGGUGGCAAUGAUGAUGAUGUGUACGGUGAUUUUGAAGAUAUAGAAAUGGGCGAAGAGGACAGUGGGACGCAGAAAGAAGAUGAUGCAACAAUCAACGAACGCAAGUUUAAAAAGCUUGCUCUUCGUGCAAAGUUUGAUGCUCAAUAUGAUGGAUCUGAAUUACCUGAUGAAGAUAUCAAUGAGGAAGAUGGGGCUAAAGGUGAUCGUAGCAAGGCAAAUGAGAGUGGGUUUUAUGAGAAGUUGAAAGAGGAAGUAGAACUUCAAAAGCAAAGGAAUAUAGCUGAGCUCAAUGAUCUAGAUGAAGAUACAAGAAUAGAGAUCGAGGGUUUUAGAACAGGGACUUAUGUCAGAUUGGAAAUCCAAGCUGUACCAUGUGAGAUGGUCGAGUAUUUUGAUCCAAGUCGCCCUAUACUUGUUGGAGGCAUUAGCCUUAUGGAAGAGAAUGAAGGAUACAUGCAGGUCAGGUUAAAGCGACAUAGAUGGCACAAAAAAGUUCUAAAAACUAGGGAUCCUAUAAUUGUAUCUAUAGGAUGGAGGCGUUAUCAGACAAUACCUGUUUAUGCAAUUGAGGACCGCGAUAGUCGGGUUCGUAUGCUGAAGUAUACUCCUGAGCACAUGCAUUGUCUUGCAAUGUUUUAUGGCCCUCUUGCACCCCCGAACACAGGAGUUGUUGCUAUACAGAACCUAUCUAACAAUCAGGCAUCAUUUAGAAUUACAGCAACUGCUGUUGUACUAGAGUUCAACCAUGCAGUCCAGAUAAAGAAGAAAAUUAAAUUUACUGGUCAACCUUGCAAGAUAUACAAGAAAACAGCAUAUAUUAAGGAUAUGUUUACUUCAGAUCUUGAAAUAGCAAAAUAUGAAGGUGUAACUGUUCGUACUGUUAGUGGAAUUCGUGGACAAGUGAAGAAGGCUGCAAAGGAAAUGCUUGGCAAUAAAUCAAACAAACAUGACAUUCCAUCAAAGGGAGGGAUUGCAAGAUGCACAUUUGAGGACAAGAUCCUUAUGAGUGAUGUUGUGUUCUUCACAACAUGGGCUACUGUGGAUGUUCCAAAAUUUUUCAAUCCAUUGACAACAGCCUUGCAACCUCGUGACCUAACAUGGCAAGGAAUGAAAACUGUCGCUGAAUUGAGGAGAGAACAGAAUCUUCCGGUUCCUGUUAACAAGGAUUCAUUGUACAAGCCAAUUGAGAGAAAACCAAGAAAAUUUAACCCAUUGGUCAUCCCCAAGUCACUGCAACAAGCACUCCCAUUUGCUUCAAAGCCCAAAGAUAUUCCUAAGAGAAGGCGUGGACUUCUUGAAGAAAGGAGAGCUGUUGUUGCUGAACCUCAUGAGAGGAGAACCCAGAAGCUAAUUCAGCAUCUUCAGCUUAUUCGGCAUAAUAAGGAGAAGAAGCGAAAACAGAAAGAGGAAGAAAAGAGGAAGGCAUAUACAGCUCAAAAGGCAAAAGAAGAGCUGGUGUCAAGAAAACGGCAGAGGGAAGAACGCCGGGAAAGAUAUCGUUUGCAGGAAAAACAAAAGAAGAGGAUGCGAAGUACGGCAGAAGACUGAGUUAACACAAGUGAGUUUAGCAUAAACAUUUGUGUUGACAAAUGUCGGUCAUUUUUACUCGUCAUACCGAAAAAUUAUACCUUGUGUUGUAGUCUCUAGGGAUUAUGGGGAUUGUUGUUUUCUAGGACAAAUAGAGAAAUUUUGUUUUUAUUUCCUGUAUGUAAGUAGCAAGUUAAAUAUAGGGCAAUUUUGCAAUAGUCAUCUGUUUUGUGAAUUAGAAUGUUCAUUUUAUUUGAAGCAUGCACGAAUGACUACUAAACUUGUAAAAUUUCGCAUUUUAACACAAUAGUGAAGUAAACUUAUCGGGCUUA